AUGCGGGACAUCUUUACAAGGCUCCAAGGUGGCGGUGUGGUGUACCCGGAGCUCGUGCAAUGCGUGGAGUUUGGGAUACGGCUGCCGGAGUCGUGGUAUGCUCUAGCGAUCAACCUCAACUCUCAACAGCCCCAAUGGAGCGUGGAUUACAUUCGUGGGCGCAUCCUUGAGGAGGACUUGCGGUGUCGGAGUGUGGAGCACUCGGAGGAGGGGGCUGGCUAUGGAGUUGGAGGUGGAAAGAGUGGCUUCAAGAAGAACUGGAAGGGCAAGAACAAGGACAACCCUAAGGAGGAUGGUGGCGGAGGCCAAAGGGAGCUGCACCUUGAGGAUCUUCCUGAGCUAGAGCUGACCAGUGACCACAGUGGCGGUGGUGAGCAGCAAGGUGCUGGUCCUGCUGCGGAAGAGGGGUUGGAGGAUGAAUCGGUGCGUGUGGACUCACCGACUCAGGCCAAGCCUGCUGCAACCGCCGAGGUUACCAAGAGGAGUGUGUAG